AUGCCCACACUGGCUCAAGACAAGGUUUUGGCGAGAGAUCUGAAGGCUAAAAAGACCAAAUCCAGGAACGGAUGUGGUCGAUGCAAGCUCAAGAGGCUCAAGUGUGACGAGACCGCUCCCGGUUGCUUGCAGUGCAAGAAAAGGAACGUCGCAUGCCCUGGCUACGAGAAGACUCUGAAAUGGUCGACAAAGUAUGAAGUCUUCAACCCUGCCCAGUCCAAGUCCACCUCUCCUAGGCCUAGAUCGACACCUGACGCCACCUCUGCUGUCCCUACGGCUGCCAAAUCUCCCCUUCCCCAAAAUGUCGCCAGCGGCAUAGAGGCUGCGUUGGCUGCCGUACUCCCUGCAGGCAGGAAGAACAUCACCCCUACACAGCAACUCUCAACAACACAGACUUCAUCAGCAAUCCCAUCUCCACCGAGCUUCGAGGAACCAGCCUCAAUACACGAGUCCUCUACCGAGGAUGGUGACUCUCCCCGCGAGUACGAGCCCUUCCCCAUGGAGGAUGUUAACAACAUGGAUCCUAUCAUGCUUGACGGAUUCGCCGAUGCUAUGCAAAUGCCCAACGAAGACUUCAACUUCGACCCAUUUGAGACCAUCGACUUCGACUCUGGAUCACUGGAGGACCUUACCUUUGACAUGCAAGACCUUUCACAGAAGCAAGACAUGACUUCCUCGUCAUUACCUACAAUGGAACGAGAUUCAACACGGGAAUCCAGCCCCAGGCUCUCGCGCUCAUUGCUUCUCGACUUGUAUCGUCUUCCAAGUCCUUCUCCAGACCCAUCCUCACCGGAUGAUGUAGAGUCGCUGCUCGUCCAGCAUUACUUCAAGGACGUUUGUGGUGUAUUUUCUUCUUUUGAUUCUGUUCUUAAUCCUUUCCGGACUACCAUUGGCCGCAUCUACAAGGAGUGUCCUUCCAUCAACUAUGCGAUCCAAUCCAUGGCUGCCGCGCACCUGGCUAACACCUUCCCCAACAUGGCGGCAACAGGCCUUGAGCUACAGCGCAAGGCUCGUGAGGCAUUGGAAGCAGAGCUCCCACUUGCACAAAGGGACCACAAAAGCACGACCAAAACUUUCUUGAGCAUCAUGCUACUGGGUCUCACUACAUCAUGGCACGACAGCAACGCACUUGGACUAGAGUACCUAUCUCUCGCAAGGGAUCUGAUCCUUCCUAAGCUCUUCAGCCGGUCAGGAGGAAUCGAGUUCGAGCGUGAAGCGCAGUUCUUUGAGGAAUCCUUGAUCCAUUGGGAGAUGCUCAUGGGCUUCGUAACAGAAGACGCAAUGAGUUUCUCUCCCAAGUCAGGACUGCGACCGAGCAUCACCUCCAAGAAGACCACUCCUGCUGCACGCGGACCACAAGGCAAGAUUGUUCCUCAUCCUUGGACAGGCAUCGCACCUAUGAUUCACUUCCUGUUCGCUGAGGUCGGUCGCCUGGUUCGUAAGGAGCGCUCAAUGGACCGUGAAUCCUCUAUGGACCUCCGUCGACGACAGGAAAACCUUCAGAACGCCGCAUCACUCGAAGAAGACCUUCUAGCUGUCGAUUAUCCAUCGGUUGACCAGGUCAUUGACACGGGUGAUGAACGUACUCCUAAGGAACACUUCGUCACCAUUGCUGAGGCAUAUCGUCUUGCUGGCUUGUUGGAGAUCUACCGCGUCUUCCCUUCCAUUCUUCGCAAGCGUUUGGGAUCAGACAAGCCUAAGGGCUCCGACAACAUGAACCUUGACUUCCCAGCCCCACGAUUUGAGACAGUGUACGAGGAUACCGACAUGAAGUUAUGGCUCAACUCUCUUGCGAUGCACAUCAUCGGCUCGCUUCAGUCUCUGCCCUCUUCGUCUGGUACAUUCUGUAUUCAGCCUCUUCUGCUCGUCGUUGCUGCCUCUGAGCUGAAGUUCGUCUCAUCGAUUGACUUCUUUGAUGUCCAGGCCAAUGACUCAGAGAUUGUUGGUGCUCGCGAGUUCGUCAUUAGGCGCUUGCAAGAGUUCGCCCUUAGGCUACCUAAUAAGCCCCUUCGCAAGAUGAUUCAGCUUAUCAAGGAGACAUGGCGCCAGUCCGAUGAGGGCCAUGAUGCCUUCUGGAUCGACGUCAUGAACGAAAAGGGUUACCACACCAUCAUGUGA